AUGCCUCCACAAAAAGAAAACCAUAGAACAUUGAACAAAAUGAAGACUAAUCUUUUUCUCUUUCUCAUCUUUUCACUUCUCCUAUCAUUAUCCUCGGCCGAGCAAUGUGGUCGCCAAGCUGGAGGAGCACUCUGCCCCAACGGUCUAUGCUGCAGCGAGUUCGGCUGGUGCGGUAACACCGAACCAUACUGUAAGCAGCCUGGCUGCCAAAGCCAGUGCACUCCCGGUGGUACUCCUCCUGGACCCACCGGCGAUCUUUCGGGCAUCAUUUCAAGUUCUCAGUUCGAUGAUAUGCUUAAGCAUAGGAAUGAUGCCGCUUGUCCUGCUAGAGGUUUCUACACUUACAACGCCUUUAUCACCGCUGCAAAGUCCUUCCCCGGUUUUGGCACCACCGGAGACACCGCCACGAGGAAGAAGGAGGUCGCCGCCUUCUUCGGCCAGACUUCCCAUGAAACUACAGGUGGAUGGGCUACAGCACCAGACGGACCAUAUUCAUGGGGCUACUGUUUCAAGCAAGAACAGAAUCCUGCUUCAGACUACUGUGAACCGAGCGCCACGUGGCCAUGCGCAUCUGGCAAACGCUACUACGGAAGAGGACCAAUGCAACUGUCGUGGAACUACAAUUACGGUCUAUGCGGUAGAGCAAUAGGAGUUGACUUACUCAACAACCCUGACCUUGUUGCCAACGACGCAGUGAUCGCUUUCAAAGCCGCGAUUUGGUUCUGGAUGACUGCUCAGCCUCCCAAACCGUCUUGCCAUGCCGUGAUAGCCGGCCAGUGGCAGCCUUCAGACGCCGACCGUGCCGCCGGGAGAUUACCGGGUUAUGGAGUGAUUACGAACAUCAUUAACGGUGGAUUGGAGUGUGGACGUGGCCAAGACGGGAGAGUCGCCGAUCGUAUAGGGUUUUAUCAGAGGUAUUGUAACAUAUUUGGUGUUAAUCCUGGUGGUAAUCUUGAUUGUUACAACCAAAGAUCCUUCGUUAACGGCCUCCUCGAAGCUGCUAUUUAGUAACGAGAGUAUUAUUAUUAUAAUAUAAUACGCAGCUUUGUAUUAUCAAAACAAUAAUAUCAGACUAAUAAAACUCUUUCCAAUGAUGUUUCACUGUUUAUGUUGCGAUUUUAUUUCCCAUGGGCCUUUUUUAAUUGGGCUCUCUAGCAGAUGAGAGAAAGACGAAGAAAGGUGCAUAGAUGUUUUAAACUUCGAUUACAAGUAAAGGUGUUUGACAAUUUCUGUGUGACUCUGCCGACACGUUUCGUAUAACGUGCCGCUAUCCUCAGCAACGUUUUCAUGUGUAAUCCAGAUUGGUAUGAAUUUCUAUUUAAAAUGUUGGUAGCUUAACCGAUUGAGGCCAAAUCAAACCAAUCUAUAACUCG